UGGAAACAAGAGGAUGGAUGAUGGGUCCCUAGGGGAAGUUGAUUCUUCAUGUGGUGCAAUUACUCUAGACUAGUGAAUGGUGGGUCGGCCACCAAGAGUUGAUAGUGUUUGUUGUCACUGUCACUGAACGGAGUACGGAAGGUACGGAUACAGUAACACAGUAGUAUCGAUGAUUGCAAGAGCAAUAUCCACACCGUAUCUACGGAGUGUGGAUUCGAAUACCAAGAAACAAUCAUGAUGAUAAUGAGAGCAAGGGAAGGGAAGGGAAGGGUAGGAAGAGAGGAAGGAGACACUGUGGGGCGAUGGCUGAUUGGAUCAAGCCCGGCCAAUCAAAGGUGACGGUGAUGCUGCGCAACGAAGCGAGACCACAGGGGGCAAAGCGUGAGAGACUGCGAAAAGCCUCGUUAAGGGAUUCGUCAAAUUCCCACAGGCGGGCGACCCGAUCUGCGAGGGUCUCUCUCGUACUUUGCAAUUCUAGACGACGCGGCGCCGCAACGAGGCGACGGCAAGGCAAGCCAGGGCAGGGCUGGCUGGAUAAGGGAGAUGGAGAAAGAGACCGCAACAAGGACGAUGACACGAGAGGACACGACACUACGUGGCCACAGGCUCCAUCUGCCUACCUACGAGAGCGGCUUGCGGUUCGAGGCUUCGGGCAAUCAUCGCAUACUAUACUACUCUUGAGUAGGAGCGUCAUCGUCAUCCUUCUCAUUAUCAUGGAGCUGGGGCCUUGACUUGAAGCUUGCGUUUGCCAUUAAUAUUAUUGCGGGUCAGAUUGGCGGUCGCCGACAUUAUUGAGGCGUGAAUUAUAAUCAGGAAAAUCGCAGAUGAUGAUGGUAGGAC